UAUGCAUCUGGUAUUCCUGAAUUAAAGGCAUGCCCUCAAAAUUUUUUGCUCGAUAAUUUUUUGAAAAAAGGCAUGUCCUGGACAUCGUGCUCCAACUCUAUUGCCAUAAGUGAAAAUUGA